CGUCCGCAGUGGUACGCGCGGUCUUUACGUCGGAACCCUGGGAGUGUUUCCGGCCAUUCAUAUUCGUAGCCGGUCGGCGCUCGGUUUUUCGGUUUUGUGUGCUCUUGGACUGAAAGGGUGACGGCGCCGCUAGGAUGAAGCUCGUGAGAUUUUUGAUGAAAUUGAGUCACGAAACUGUAACCAUUGAAUUAAAGAAUGGAACACAGGUCCAUGGAACAAUCACAGGUGUAGAUGUCAGCAUGAAUACACAUCUUAAAGCUGUGAAAAUGACCCUGAAGAACAGAGAACCUGUACAGCUGGAAACACUGAGUAUUCGAGGAAAUAACAUUCGAUAUUUUAUUCUGCCAGACAGCUUACCUCUGGAUACACUUCUCGUGGAUGUUGAACCGAAGGUGAAGUCUAAGAAGAGGGAAGCUGUUGCAGGAAGAGGCCGAGGCCGAGGAAGAGGAAGAGGACGUGGCCGAGGAAGAGGAAGAGGGGGUCCUAGGCGAUAAUAUCUCUCAAGACUACUAUUUCGAAGUAGUAGGUUUUGUUUGUUUAUGGCAGACGAAGAAGAAGAAGACGUGGCAGAGGAAGACUACGUGGCUAAGUUAGAAGAUGGUGGAGUCCUAAGCAAACUGUGUCUCUCAAGGUUAUGGUUUUAAAGUGAUCGAUGCCCUGGCUGCUUUUUGUACAGGCUUUGUUUGUUUGUGGCAGUUUUUAAUAAACAUAAAUGUAGGA